AAAAUGAGUUAAUGAAUUUGCUUACUAAGGGAAAAUGACCCUGAAAGAUAGUGGGAGCCAGCAGACGGUAUUCUGGGAACAGCGAAGAAAUGCUCUUUAGAAAGAUUCAAAGAAGGCUAUUUCUCAAGUUUCUCUGCGAUUAGAUGAGGCAAAAACCCUAGGUUUUCAUUUUAUCAUAUUGAAAUUAGGGUUUUCUGAGAGACAAGGACUAUUUGUUUGCAUAUGGGUAACCCUGCUGACAACAAUGAGCAUGAAUGGAUCAAAAGAGUGAAAUCGGAGGGAGCUGUUCCACUACUUGAACCAGAUAAUUGCCCAAAUGGUUGGGCUUCACCACCUGGAGACAAAUUUAUGGUCAGAGGUCCAGAGUACUUUUCAACCAGGGUUAAAAUUCCUGGUGGUGAAUAUCUUUUAAAGCCUCUUGGAUUUGAUUGGAUAAAAGGUCCUACAAAGCUAUGGGAAGUUCUAAACCAUCCAAACAACCGUGUUAGGAAGGCUCUUGAAGAUGAGUUUCCUACAGGGGAUAAGCCUUUUAUUUGGGCUUUCAAUCUGCAAGUCCCUAGCAAGGAUAAUUACAGUGCUGUUGCAUAUUUUGCAGCUACAGAGCCUAUUCCUGAGGGUUCUUUAAUGGAGCAGUUUGUGAAAGGAGAUGAUGGGUUUAGGAAUUCAAGGCUUAAAUUAAUUGCCAACAUUGUCCAAGGCCCUUGGAUUGUGAGAAAAGCAGUUGGGGAGCAGGCCAUAUGCAUUAUUGGGCGUGCUCUUUCUUGCAAGUUCUGUGUGACACAGAAUUUUGUAGAAGUCGAUGUGGAUAUUGGUUCUUCCAUGGUUGCAAGUGCAAUUGUUCAUCUGGCUUUUGGUUACGUCACAGCAUUAACUGUCGAUCUAGCUUUUCUCAUCGAGAGUCAAACAGAAGCAGAGCUUCCAGAACAAAUUUUGGGAGGUGUGAGAUUCUCUGAGUUAAAUCCAGCUUCAGCUCAGUUGAUUGAACCAUCACCUGCUGGGAGUGCAGGUAGUUUGCAGUCCUCUCUGCCUACACGCUUAUGGAAGUCAAUUGGGCAGAGUUUCUCCCACAUUCUUCAUCCGGGUGCUCAGGAGAGUGGCUCUGCUCCAGUCUCAACUGUCAACGGAACAGUCAAUCAUGAAGAAAAAGACAAGGACACAACAACCUGAUUGUAGGAUGCUUGCUGGAGGAGGACGUGCAUUUGAUUGUUUUCGAAUUUGUUGAAUUGCCGGAGGCAACGAGUCUGCAGCAUACAAGCACUCUACUCCCAUCUCAUGCUGCCUCGAGUGAUCGGACAUCGGGCAACUCCCUUUUUUUGAGUUCCCAAUUUCUUUUCUUUAUUUGCAUCUCAUUAUUCUCUUGUUGUCUUACAGGGGUGUCAGUAUUAUUUGCAUAAGUUAUAAAUUUAGAUCAUUUCCUUCUGUUUAUAAUUGUUGAAAUGCACCUGACUCUGGUUUUGCAUUGUGCAAUAAAAUCUUUUAGUAGCAUUUUCUGGUUUC